AUGAAUGGUCUGGGUAAACUGCUGGUUUUCCACUUUCUGAUGUGUCUUGGACAAACAGUCCAAGGGUUUAAGAUCAUAAAUGGAGAAACAGCCCCAGAGAAUUCAAUGCAGUACAUGGUCUCGGUGCAAACUAAAUACGGUAAACACAUCUGUGGAGGAUUUCUCAUCACUGAGGACUUUGUGAUUACUGCUGCACACUGCAAUGACGAAGGACCUUAUCAAAUUCUUCUGGGAAGCCAUAAUCUCAAGGGGAUGAAUAAAAAAAUGUUGAAAAUUGAAAAUACAUGUAAGCCCUCAACUUAUCAGAACGUUGGGCUCGGUGAUGACAUAAUGCUCAUUAAGUUGUCAGAGAAAGUGCCUCCAAGCAACAUGAUACAAACAAUUCCACUUCCAACGUCUGUGAUCAACCUGUACCAAAAUCAAAUAUGCUCUGUGGCUGGAUGGGGAAAAACUCUUACCAAUAGAUUUGGUGUCAAUGAGCUGAGAGUGGUGAAUGUAUCCAUCAUCAACCGAGAACUCUGCCUGGAGAAAUGGAAUGAGCCCUUUCCUCUCAAUGUGAUCUGUGCUGGUGGAUAUGGCACAACCAAGGGGUUCUGUCAGGGUGAUUCCGGUGGUCCUCUGGUGUGCAACAGCAAAGCUGUCGGUGUUGUCUCGUUCAACAGAAAUGCCAACUGCAACUAUCCAGAUGUACCCAAUGUCUACACAGACAUUUCCAGAUUUCUUCCAUGGAUCAACAAGAUUUUGAAAGAAAACACGUGCCAGCUGUAA